AGCGCAGCUGCACAUCACGCGUGGCGAACUAGCAACUCGCUGCUUUAAGUUGGCACAUGUACGCUGCAUUCUGAUAUCCACGAUGUCCAGUAUGCCCGGCAUCUGGCAACUGGUGCUAUUAUACAUCUCCGGUGUGCAUGUAAGCGGUGUGUUCGGGAAUACAUUUGACCUGUACCAGAUCAUCAAGUGUGAAAAUCCCCAGUUUGACCCGAAAAUUAUCGGCUGGUUCUACGGGUGUUACUGUGGGCCGGGAGGAGCGGGGACACCUGUUGAUCCCAUUGACAAAUGCUGCCAACAGCACGACCAGUGCUAUCAGCAGAUGGAGUCGUCCGACGGAUGCGGAAUGUACUGGCCACUGCUGUCCAGUGUCAGCUACAGUUGCGCCAGCCAGAAAGCUAUAUGCCAGGACAGCCAACCGUGCAAACACGCCCAAUGCCAAUGUGAUACGCAACUGGCACACUGUCUCAACGGAAUCACCACACCGUCCAAACGGGCCCAAUGCAAAGAUUACUUCCGAUCUCAGAAACCAGGACUAAGUUGGCUAACACAUUAGCAUUCAACUGCAGCACAUAAUCAAAGCUUAAAACUUUUCCAUUACAAAAGCUAACAAAGGCAUGGUGUUUCAUGAUGUAAUAGUUUCUCUAUUUGUUUCCUCUUGCAAUACAUCAGUUUUAUCCUCCUCCUCGGCGGUCGGCGUAUCCGCUUGUCCGUUGACAGUAAAACCUUUCCUUCGAGGCACGCAGGCGUCCAGAGCUUGUUCCCACGAAUUUGUUUCAUUGAAUCGCAUGAGAAUUUCGUACACCUGAUUCAGCGUCAGAAUGGUGUUUCCGUGUGAUGCCGAACGCUUCAUAUGCUCAGCAAUGGGAAGACGCACCGACUGGCAGUUGAGCGCCUGGGCCCGCGACAAACUGACUUGUCGUUUCGGCGUCCCGUCCACCAGGCCCCCGAUGACGUACACUUUGCUGGGAUCGAUACGCUCCAAGAUAUUGGGGGAAUCGGGCGACAUGUAGACUAAUUCCUCUUUUUGGAAUACUUUCUCCAAUGGGUCCUCAAAGACUUUUAUCUGCGCAGCGGCAAAACAAGUGUGAAAAACCAUUGUGAGCUAUGUGUACAAUUAGCCAACCGUUAUGUGCUACCGAAGCUGACGAUGCAUACGACAUGC